UCCUGAUCGACAUCGCACCAGCAUCUGGGUAACCACAGCUCUGCCCGGCGUCUCAUUCGUCGUGCGUCAUGCGGUGGCCGUGCGUAGCGGCCUGCUGAAAUGCCGCCGAGGUUGUGCAGUGCCGCGGUGGUGUGCUCGUGACGACAUGAGAGGAAUCGCCGAGCCUAGCCGCACGCGGCCUCCUCUGCAGGCUCAGCAAGCGCUCCUCGAUCACUUCUCCCUGCUGGCGCCAGCGUGUGCCGCUGAAGUGAGCAACCCGCGUUUCGAGUCUUUUCCUCGACACACUCGGUAGAGGCACUAAAUACAACAGCUUCCCCGUCGACCGAAGCGAUGCAAGGCAACUCCUAUGCUUUCAUCAGACCGGUGCGGCGCGAGGACAUCCCGGAACUGCUCCGCAUCAAGAGGGCGCUGAGACAGCUCUGCGGGGAAGCCUCGGCGCAGGCGUUUCACAGAAUCGACCCGCAAGGCUUUUUGGUCGCACUCACGGACGCAGGCGCAGGCGAAGUGUGCGGCGGCUGCUGCAUCAGCAUCCUCUCCGACAGCGUGGCGACGGUCGGCUUCUGGUGCGUUCGGCCCGAGAUGCGCCACAGCACGCUGCCCGAGCAGCUUCUGCAGGCCGCACUCCGGAGGGCCGGCGACAGAAACGUGAUCCUGCGCAGCGACGGCUGCACCGUCCGCGAGUUGCAGCGCGUCGGGCUCUUCCCCCGCGUCGGCCGCUGGCUGUUCCACAAGGUGGGACCGGCACUGCCGCGCCUGGACGCCCUGCCCGAGAGGGUCGAGGGAGUGCGCGUCAAGGACUUCAACGUGCACAGGCACGCCGACACCGUUGGCUCGUACGCUACGGACGUGCUCAAGAUGCCCAUGCGCGACUACCUCAGUGCCUUGUCCAAGCAGCCGGGAGUCGUGUUCAAAGUGGCCUUCGCGCGCAAAAGCGUGUGCGGCAUGGGCGCCGUCGAGCGGGACGUGGGCGGUUGCGCGCUCGUUCGCCACCUCAUGGCCAACGGCUUGCGUGAGGCGCACCUUCUGCUGCGAAGCCUGCUCGUCGAAUUCCCGCCCGCAACCUCGGCGGGUGUCUGCAUGGUGGCCACCGGCAAGCGCUUCCCGCCCACCGAAAGCGGUCCUUCUGGGGGUCAAGGAGGCCGCGGCCACCCGACCUUCUUCUACGAGCCCCUGGGACUGCAAUACGUCUCCACUAUGCUCAUGGCGUUCACGAAGAGGGAGCCCGCUAUCGAUUACAAUCGCAUGUUUGCACUGUACGCCGUAGCUCUGUCUUCGUGUUUGUGAUAUUUUUUCCCAGCAAGCUUGAAAUGCCAA